AUGCAAACUGUCUCUAUACACAUUUGUGAAAGACUGUGUAAUAAGUCCAUCAAAAUUCCUUGCUACUAAAUAUUCCAAUUGUUAGUGGUAUUAUAACAAAGUGGAAGCAACUGGGAACAACAGCAACUCAGCCACGAAGUGAUAGGCCAAGUAAAAUGACAGAGCAGGGUCAGCGCAUCCUGAAGCACACAGUGCGCAGAGGUCGCCAACUGUCUGCAGGGUCAAUAGCUAAAGGCCUCCAAACUUUGUGUGGCCUUCAGAUUAGCACAACAGUGUGUAGAGAGCUUCAUGGAAUGGGUUUCCAUGGCCAAGCAGCUGCAUCCAAGCCUUACAUCACCAAGUGCAAUGCAAAGCGCCGGAUGCAAUGGUGUAAAGCACGCUGCCACUGGACUCUA